AUGGUGGUUCUGAGUCGCGUGGGGUCGCCGACGAUGUCAGCGACUGUCGCCGGCAACCAGCAACAGCAGCAUCCUCAUCAGGAGUGGGACAUAAAUGACUCGAACGUUCCGAGAGUAGUGGAAUACGAUCCCUGGUGCGAAUGGGCGGACGGACACGUGAGGAGAGUCUACGGACCGGAUUGCGAGGAAGCGAGAAAGCAUGCCUCCGGUUGGGCGAUGAGGAACACCAACAAUCAUAACGUGGCGAUCCUCAAGAAGAGUUGCCUGGGCGUUCUGGUGUGCUCCCAGGAGUGCAUACUACCCGGCGGUGGAAGGGUUCACCUCCGACCGGCGAUCUGCGAUAAGGCGAGGAAGAAGCAACAGGGUAAACCGUGUCCCAACAGGCAGUGCACCGGUCGCCUCGAGAUACUGUCGUGUCGCGGACACUGCGGCUAUCCCGUGACGCACUUCUGGCGGCACACAGAGCACGCGAUCUUUUUCCAAGCCAAGGGCCAACACGAUCAUCCACGGCCGGAGGCCAAAUCUACGUCGGAGGCGAGAAGGAGCGUGGGUGCCGGCAGAAGGGUCAGAGGACUGGCGGUCCUCUUGACGAGGGAGGCCGCCUUGGGCACUAAAUUGAUGUCACUGAGAGGAACUAAAAGACCGAGUACGGACGCACUUGAACAGCCGAGAGCAACGCAGCCACCACCGUUGAUCUCCGACAAAGGAUACUCGUGCUCCUGCCCACCUUUCGAGUGCAUGUGCUCGCUGCAGACGAACGUGCCGCCGUAUCCGCAGUCCCAUCAUCACCAGACGACGGUGUACUCUCAACAACUGCCGCCUGCGGAUGGACCCUACUGGCUGCAGGACGUACCGCCGCAGGAGAACGUCGCUUAUUGCCUGCCGAAUCAGAUGCCGCAGGAAGCGUCUUACGGCGAUUUUCCGCCCUUCGCCAGUGAUCUCUUUCAGCCGGAGGAGAUCUUCCAGCUGGAUCAACCACUGAGGCCGGAUUUCCCGGCGAAUCCUCAAGACGUGGCUCGUUCGCCGCCGACCUUGCUCGACCUCGGCAGCGGCACCAUCAAGUACGAGGUGAAGCAACCGAGUCAAGACCAGGCUUACUGGAAUCAAUUCCUGAGCGAGGACUCCAGCAGCAGCCACCUGAGCCUGCCUCCUCAGGACGAGAGGCUACAGUUCUCCGGCUUCGAGUCCGAGAAGGACUCCAACGGCCUGCCUUCCAGAAGGACGAUGCAUCAUUACGUCCAGGAGAAGGAUCAGAAUCAGAGUCACCCUCUGAACGAUGCGCUACAUUACCAGAGCUACUUCCGGCCGCAGAACCAGAAGGGCUUCGUCGAUGGCAACUCGAAGAACGAGCACGAGCAGCAGCCUUACUGGCCGCAGGAUCAGCCGGACAAUCGACUGCAUUUCCCAAACUUCGAGGUGAAAGAGGAGGACCUUCUGCCGUCCCGCAGGGAGGUCGACUGUUACAACAGGAUCGGCUGCCAGACUUCCUUGGCCGGUAGAACGGAGUACAAUAAUCUCUACCAGAGGCCGAAGAGCGAGGAUACGCAGGACGCGGUGCGCAGCAGUCGCAGUCCCGAGGACAGGCCGUAUCCUUUCGACGGCUAUCACCAUCAGAUGUUCGAACACGGCAACGAUAGCAAGAAUCAACCGCACGACCGCGUCGUUCACCAUCAGAACACCACCAGGAUGAACCUGGACGACAGACUGCAGGCUUACGACAGCCACGAGGCCGCGGAGGCCGCGGACAGGCUCUUUCACGGCACGAUGGAGACGACGGUUCAGUCGCAGAACAGUCCGGAGCCCUUCUUCUACCCGAACAACGAGCGCUGCCACUACACCUGCGAGAUCCUGGACCGUCUGCCGCAGAUGAUGGGCAACGUUCCAGGGGCGAGCGCUCACGGGACGAACGUCAACAAUUACGGGGAGCAGGUAGCCGCCGACCUGGACUUGCCGCCCUUUGUCGAUUACACGCUAGUCGGGAUGCUGUGCAGUUCCACGGACGAGGAGACAGCGUCGAGCCUGCUGCCGGCGGGAUGCCCGCAGGACUCGCACAGCUACGUUCCUCAUCAUUAG